AUGGCGAAAUAUGGAUAUGCCACAAUAAACACAAAAACAAUGGACACCUCCAAGUUUCUUGCAAGAUUUUUUGAGUUGCUUUAUGAUGAAGAGGUAAUCGAAUUACUGCGGUCACAGACAGAACAAAAUGCAAAGCAGGAAGGACACGUCAAUUUCAAAGUUAGUUCUGACGACAUCAAGCGAUUCGUAGGUAUCCUAUUAUUAUCUGGCUACUAUGGUGUUGUUCGAUACAGAAUGUGUUGGGAGCAAAGCAUUGACUGUCAUCAUCCUAGUGUAGCAGUAUGUAUGUCAAGAAAUAGGUUUAAAGAACUACUGCGAUUUUAUCACGCAUGCGACAACACUAACCUACAGCCAGGAGACAGAUUUUGUAAGGUAAUAUUUUCCGCAGUGCUUGCACUUACGACUGCUCUCCCUCAGAGGAAAAUUUCGUUGAAGUCAGUAUCAGGACUGAACGAUCAACAGACAGUUGAACAGAACUACAACUACCAAGCAGAAUACAAACAAUCAGAGUACAGACCGCUCAAGCCCAUUGAAGAUUUCACACCAAAAGUAGAGUUAGAGACCUCCACGUAUAUUCCUAUUAUAAGUUUUGAUAAAGCACAGGAUACCGAUGGAAGCUACAAGACUUCAUAUGAAACUGGUAACCACAUCUAUGCCGAAGAACAGGGUUACUUUAAGUCAGUCGGGGAAGACAAAGACGCGUUGGUACAAGAAGGUUCAUAUUCAUACACAGCCCCUGACGGUCAAGUCAUCAACAUCGAAUACACCGCCGACGAACUUGGCUUCCGGGUCAAGGGUGACCACAUCCCAACCCCACCACCAGUAUCGCCUGAAAUUCAAAAAGGCCUUGAUCUCAUUUACGCAGGCAUUAAAGCCAAACAGGAACGCGCUGAGAUAGAGGCCAAGAACAAUCCUGAAGCAGCCAGGCAGCAAGAAGAGAGAGCAGCUCUUGACUACAAAGGUCUCUACUACGAGCAGUAG